CAGCCUCGACCGACUUUCCCCAGCCCAGCCGUCAACGUUAGCUUUACCCGACGCUACCACUUGCCGUCACCGCACCAGUCCAUCACCGACCGCUCGGGUGGCGAGUCGCUAUCCUAUCGAUAGGUUUGCCUUUGAUCGGCAGAAAAAGCAGCAUGACUACCGUCUUCAUCGAUGCGUUUCGACGCAUGCAUGUACAUGAGAGAGACCAGGCACUCAAGGCUCUAACAGCAGAAUUAUCGCCAUAUGAGUGGAGAGCACUUCACGCCACGACAAGUAGUCGUACCUUCCAAUUCGACGUCAUCGGUAACCUACCCGUUGAGCUAGUGGCUCAGGUAUUCUCGCAUGUGGACGUUGCUGCUCCUUACCGCUUGCAAAGUGUCUCAAGACGAUGGAAUAAUACCCUCAAGAGCCUACACGUCCUCAAAGCAAGCCUCAAUCAGUGGUGCCAAGGUACUGUCGAUUUCCAAGAUGCCGAUUACGCUUUAUGUCAAAAGAAAGCCUGUAAGAUAAAUGCCUUUCGUACCGGCAAGCCGCGUAAGGUUUACAAGAUAACCCCCAAGGACGAAAUAAAGGACAUGUAUUUAGCAGGAAAUAAUCUCAUCUGGCAAAACCCUUUUACUGCUGGACAGGAAGCUCCGGAGCAGCAAUCGCGAUCUGUUUGCGUGCUCGAUCUAGCAACAUGGGAUCUUCGGUUUCUAGGUGGGGAAGGUCGUGAACGAAUCAUAGACAUCUUCGUAUCUGGUGAGAUCGUGGCACUAACAACCUGGACAAACAUCUGCUACGUUCACGAAUUGCAUGGCAAACGAGGUUGCAAAACGUUCAGAGUACCAAACGCCUUCUACUUCUCCAACGUUGCCUGCCGAGGGCGUACUGUCGCAUGUGUCAGCGUCAACAAACAUCGCGCAGCGGUGUAUAUCUGGGAGUAUGAUUCUCAGCGUGGAAUAUCUUUCGAAAUCAAGAAUGAGCCUGGUACCAUGUUCUGGAAGACCGAUGCCCUCUCACAUCCAAUAGCUCCUAUCGUACAGCCUGCAACCAGGACGAUCAUCAUAUUCACUUCUUAUAUGCACAACACUGAAGUGCCUCCCCACCAACGGCACUUUGCGUUCAGCCGUUAUACAUACAGCGGGGAAUGUCUUGGUACACACCACGCAAGCCUCCCCGGGAUAAACCCCAUCUCGUAUUGGUAUACUCCCAACACCUUCGUCCCAGUAGACUACGAGGAAAACAUACUCUCGAUACUCAUGCGGGACGGCGACGGAGUAACAGAUACCCGCAAGUCAUCCUUCCUAGUGCGCUUUAAUGAAAGGGAGAUGGAUAUGAGUGUGUGGGAAGGCUCGCAGCUAUAUGGACACGUCGAAUCCACUUAUACUGGCGGUUCCAUAGCCUGGUGGAACGACACUUGCUACGCCGCGCUAUGGGAUGGGAAAGCCGACAAGCGUGACAUGAUUGCGCUCAUGGGUGCGAACGACGGCAGCGUCUACAGGCCCAUCAUAUCGGAAUCAACAGACACAGAGCUACCUGAGGACUGGGACAAGACGAAUGUGCCCGUUGUGCUGAACGAGAAUUACGUUAUCAGAAACGCUCUGGAUAGGUUCUACAUACUCUGUUUUGACGAUGACGACGAGAGCAAGUGGCCAAAGGCGAGCGGGCCGUUCUUUGAUGUGGGAGAGCUUGAGUUUUUGAAAGGGACUGAUACUUAGCUCAAGCGCCCACGCUACUAGGGGUGGCUAGAAUCUGUGUCGUGUUCUGCAAAGGAUAUCUUAGGGCAGGCGAAUACAACAUCUUG